AUGGACCUAUUUUCUACAAUUGUUAAGGUUCUUAUGAUUAUUGGAAAGAAUGGCUCUAAAUCGGAUGAUAAGUGCAAAGCUCAAGGCAUUUUGUACUCAAUGGAGUCAUUUGACUUUGUUUUUAUGGCACAACUAAUGACUACUAUAUUUGGGUACACUAACAAUUUGUGUCUUGCUUUGCAAAGAAGGGAUCAAGAUAUAAUUAAUGCUAUGAGGCUUGUCUCUUUAACCAAAAGUCAACUACAUAAAAUGAGGGAGGAUGGAUGGGAGAUUCACUUGGACAAGGUAAUCUCAUUUUGCAAUAAUCAUGGCAUUGUUGUUCCAGAUUUGGUAGCUUAUUAUGUGCCUCAUGGAAGAUCAAAGAGUUUUGUUCAACAAGUUUCCUAUCGUUAUCAUUUUCGCAUUGAUGUGUUUAUAGAGGUAAUUGAUUUAUUACUUCAAGAAUUUGACAAUCGAUUUGAUGAAGUCAAUAUGGAGUUGAUCAGAUGCAUGGCUUGCUUCAAUCCUAGAGAUGGCUUCUCUUCUUUUGACAAAGAAAGUGUACUCAAACUUGCAACAUUUUAUCCUUCUGAUUUUUCAAGCAUUGAUUUGAGGUCUCUUGAUUGUCAACUUGAUUUAUUCUUGGAGGAUAUGAGAAGAGAUAAUGACUUUCAAAAUUUGCAAGAUCUUAGUUCUCUUUCAAUGAAGCUUGUUGAAACACAGAGGGAUGUGGCUUACCCCUUUGUCUUUUUUCUUAUCAAGUUGAUUUUGAUUCUGCCGGUUGCUACUGCAAGUGUAGAGAGAGUAUUUUCUGGAAUGACGUUUGUGAAGAAUAAGUUGUGA